GCCACGGCAGGGCAAGGCCACCGCACCGGCUGCGGACCCAGGAUCCGGGCGGCUGGACGGAGGUCGAGCUGUCGGGAGGGCGGAGCCACAGCGCCUGCAGAGAUGCUGGCGGUCCCGGAGAUCAGCCUGCAGGGGCUGCACAUCGGCUCCAGCCCAGAGCGGUCUCCGGUGCCCAGCCCACCCGGCUCCCCAAGGACCCAGGAAAGCUGUGGCAUUGCCCCACUCACACCCUCACAGUCUCCAAAGCCCGAGCCCCGAGCCCCGCAGCGGGCCCCCUUCUCCGUGGUAGUGGCCAUCGACUUUGGCACCACAUCCAGUGGCUAUGCCUUCAGCUUUGCCAGUGACCCUGAAGCCAUCCACAUGAUGAGGAAAUGGGAGGGUGGGGACCCAGGUGUGGCCCACCAGAAGACCCCCACCUGCCUGCUGCUGACCCCGGAGGGCGCCUUUCACAGCUUUGGCUAUACAGCCCGUGAUUAUUACCAUGAUCUGGACCCUGAGGAGGCUCGGGACUGGCUCUACUUCGAGAAGUUCAAGAUGAAGAUCCACAGUGCUACUGAUCUCACCUUGAAGACCCAGCUAGAAGCGGUGAAUGGAAAGAAAAUGCCUGCCCUGGAGGUGUUUGCCCAUGCCCUGCGUUUCUUCAAGGAACAUGCUCUUCAGGAGCUGAGGGAGCAGUGCCCGUCACUUCCAGAGAAGGAUGCUGUGCGCUGGGUGUUGACGGUGCCCGCUAUCUGGAAACAGCCGGCCAAGCAGUUCAUGCGGGAGGCAGCCUACCUGGCCGGACUGGUGUCGAGAGAGGAAGCAGAGCAACUCCUCAUUGCCCUGGAGCCUGAGGCUGCCUCUGUCUACUGUCGCAAGCUGCGUCUGCACCAGCUCCUGGACCUGAGUAGCCAGGCCCCGGGCGGUGGGCGCCUGGGUGAGCGCCGCUCCAUUGAUUCCAGCUUCCGGCAGGCCCGAGAGCAGCUUCGAAGGUCCCGCCACAGCCGCACAUUCCUGGUGGAGUCGGGAGUCGGAGAGCUGUGGGCAGAGAUGCAAGCAGGAGACCGCUAUGUGGUGGCAGACUGUGGGGGAGGCACGGUGGACCUGACCGUGCACCAGCUGGAGCAGCCCCAUGGUACCCUCAAGGAGCUCUACAAGGCAUCUGGCGGCCCCUGUGGCGCGGUGGGCGUGGACCUGGCCUUUGAGCAGCUGCUGGGCCGCAUUUUCGGCGAGGACUUCAUCGUCACCUUCAAAAGGCAACGCCCAGCAGCAUGGGUGGAUCUGACUAUAGCUUUUGAGGCCCGCAAACGAACGGCAGGCCCACACCGUGCGGCAGCACUGAACAUCUCACUGCCUUUCUCCUUUAUUGACUUCUACCGCAAGCAGCGAGGCCAAAACGUGGAGACUGCCCUGCGCAGGAGCAGCGUGAAUUCCGUUAAGUGGUCCUCACAGGGGAUGCUCCGGAUGUCUUCUGAGGCCAUGAACGAGCUCUUUCAGCCUACAGUCAGCGGGAUCAUCCAGCACAUAGAGGCGGUGCUGGCUCGCCCCGAGGUGCAGGGCGUGAAGCUGCUGUUCCUGGUGGGCGGCUUCGCCGAGUCGGCGGUGCUGCAGCACGCGGUGCAGGCAGCGCUGGGCGCCCGCGGCCUGCGCGUGGUGGUUCCGCACGACGUGGGCCUCACCAUCCUCAAGGGCGCGGUGCUCUUCGGGCAGGCGCCGGGCGUGGUGCGGGUGCGCCGCUCGCCGCUCACCUACGGCGUGGGCGUGCUCAACCGCUUUGUGGCUGGGCGCCACCCGCCCGACAAGCUGCUGGUCCGCGACGGCCGCCGCUGGUGCACCGAUGUCUUCGAGCGCUUCGUGGCCGCUGAGCAGUCGGUGGCCCUGGGCGAGGAGGUGCGGCGCAGCUACUGCCCCGCGCGCCCGGGCCAGCGGCGCGUGCUCAUCAACCUGUACUGCUGCGCCGCCGAGGACGCGCGCUUCAUCACCGACCCGGGCGUGCGCAAGUGCGGCGCGCUCAGUCUGGAGCUCGAGCCCGCCGAGGACACACCCCCGGGUCGCCGCGAGAUCCGCGCCGCCAUGCAGUUUGGCGACACUGAGAUUAAGGUCACUGCCGUCGACGUCAGCACCAAUCGCUCAGUGCGCGCCGCCAUCGACUUCCUUUCCAAUUGAGGGCGCAAGGGCAGUGCCAGCCCCUCUUGGCCCAGCCGCGCCCUCUUUCGCGCCGAGCACUAGGGAGCCGGCUGGGGAGGACGAACCCGCCCCGUUCCCCGCAGUCCUGCCCCUGGAGAUGAGGUCGCAGGAGGAUGGAGGGGACACAUCCGGAAACUCUGGCUGACUGGAAGGCUGAAGGACCCAAGACUUAGAAGAGGUGUGUAAGGUGGCGUGCCCACAGGGAGCACGUGAUCCUGAAAGCAGAAUGCACCAGAAGACUGGAGCCCUCAUCAGAACUAGGGGACAGGCUGGGAGUGGGGCGGGGGUUUGGGGGUUGGAGGCAGCUAGAAGCUGAGCAAGGCCGCUGCAGGUGGGGCAGCAGGAUGAAGAGGUUGUGCAGGGCUAGGCCUGAAGGCAGAGUGCACCGACUUACGGGCUAAGCCUACAGACGGAGCCGGGUAGGAAAAGGACUGGAGCUGCCACGAGGGACGGGGUGGUGGGACCUCCCUGGGUGUGGUGCUGACCACCCAAGUGUGAAUGCUAAUUGUAGAAAGGGCGGUAGCAAGCUAAUGAGAAGAGUACAGGGAGAAGGCACAUAUGGGGGCAUAUGUUGGGGUGGGGCUUUCCUUUCUAUCUGAAAAGGCCCCAAGGGCAGCCUGUGAAUGAUCCACUUGCACCCUAUCCAGCCACACCAGGUGAAGAGGGUAGGGAGGAGAGGGAGCAUUGAGGGCUGGUCCCAUCUCUGCCAUCAACUCAGUGUACCUGCCCAACCAUGACAUGAAACAGCCCUACCUGCCCGGGAACCCUAAUGUGACAAUAAAGCAUUUAUGCUCCAGGUGAA